AUGGCCAAAGGACAAGAUGACUACUUCUUAGCCAACGGCUUCACACGCACAAUCCACACCCGUGCAAAUGCUGCCAUCGACCCGUCAAAAAACAAACUCCCAAAAGAGCUCAACAUUCUAGUAGUUGGCGCGUCGCGAGGCAUCGGAGAAGGCAUUGCAUACGCCUACGCCCAAGCCGGCGCCGCAAACCUCAUCCUCGCCGCACGGGCGUCUUCGUCCAAGGAGGUCGCCGCCGUCGCAGAGAAGGCCAAAGCCCUGAAUCCCUCAGUGUCUGUCACUUCUUUACAUGUCGACAUCACCGAUUCGUCGAGCGUGGCAGCACUUGCGCAGGAUGUCAAGGAGAAGUUUGGCCAUCUCGAUGUCCUCGUCCUGAACUCUGGACUCGCUGGUGCCCUGAUCCUCGACAUCACCACAGGCGACCCGCAGGAUUUCAAGAAAUGCUUUGAUGUUAAUGUGCAGGGCACCUACCUCAUUGCGCACCACCUUCUCCCAUUAGUGAAAGAGAGCAAGGGCCCAAAAUUGUUCAUUGUGGUCAGCACUUUCGCUUCUCUGAUCACUGGAGGUCCUUUUGCACACACGGCGUAUUGUGUGUCAAAGAUGGCACAAGCUCGGAUAGUUGAGUACAUUGCUGAGCAAUUUGGGGAUGAGGGUCUGGUCGCGGUCGCAGUACAUCCGGGUGCCGUGACGACAGAGGCGACCACUGAGUCAUGUGACGAGGAAACGCUCAAGAAUUUCACUGAUGAUGUCGGCUUGUGUGGUGCUUUCUGCGUAUGGCUGAGUAGAGAGAAGAGAUCGUGGCUGAACGGAAAACUCACCAGUGCUAAAUGGGACGUAGACGAACUGCUGGAGCACAAGGACAAGAUCGAAAGCGAGGGCCUGUUGAAGCUGACGUACAAGGUUGGUGAUGUUUCUGCUGCUCUAUCUGACCCACCGCGCGAUGCUAUAUUUAUAUAG